CUUGGAGUGACUCUUUCCUCACCGCGUGGUUACUGUGUACCCGUCGCUGCGAGGAGUUCUUGCUGGUAUUUCUCUCGUUUGUGGGACUUAAACGUUUAGUACCACCAGGUUUGAGUACCGUUUUAAGUAUCGUGCAGCUGCAAGCUAGGCCACGGAAUCUGCGCUCUAGAGCCUUCGCUGCUGCUCCCUGGCUUGUGCAUCCUCCAAACAAAUAAGAGGAAAUUGUCAAAUCCGGGGCCUCUCCCUGGCGGGAUCCAGCGGAGAAAGAGCUAGAGAGAGCAAGUGGGUGGGUAUCAAAGGAGUUUUCCUCUUCAGUUUUGGCCAAAUGUGGUGUGGAGUGAGUUACUUUGAUCGCAGGAGAUCAGAGUUAAAAGGAUGGCACUUGCUUGAGUGGAACAUGUAUUAACCCGAACUGGUGGUGGUUUUAGAUCUAGCCAGCUGGCAGCCAUGAAUGAAUGGAUGAGGAAAGGCCCCUUAGAAUGGCAAGAUUACACGUACAAAGAAGUCAGAGUGACAGCCAGUGAGAAGGAGUAUAAAGGAUGGGUUUUAACCACAGACCCAGUUUCUGCCAAUAUUGUCCUUGUGAACUUCCUGGAAGAUGGCAGCAUGUCUGUGACUGGAAUUAUGGGCCAUGCUGUGCAGACCGUUGAAACUGUGAACGAAGGGGACCAUAGAGUGAGAGAGAAGCUGAUGAAUUUGUUCAUGUCUGGAGACUGCAAGGCCUACAACCCCGAGGAUCUGGAGAAGAGAAAGAACAGCCUAAAGAAAUGGCUCGAGAAGAACCACAUCCCCAUCACAGAACAGGGAGAUUCACGAAGGACUCUGUGUGUGGCUGGGGUUCUGACUAUAGACCCACCAUAUGGUCCAGAAAAUUGCAGCAGUUCUAAUGAGAUUAUUCUCUCCCGUGUUCAGGAUCUUAUUCAAGGACAUCUUGCAGCUUGCCAGUGAGAGGCCAAGAACUAUGGAUGCAUCGAUUGAAAUAACACUUCAUUUUUAUUUUUUCCUUCAUAAAAUGUUUUGAAUGUUAAAUCCAUCAUAUUACAAGACUUCAAAGGCG